GACGGUUUGAACUAGGCUCCGGUCCAACACCACUGGAGUAUACCACGGGUUUGUUAAACUACUGACACCGUAAAUUACAAGGCUUGCAAGGCUGGGAGGUGGAGGAGCUUUACAGUUGCAGAGGGAGCACCGCAGCAGUCAUGGCCAUGGAUGCGAGCUACGGUGAAGAAUUCGCUGUGGGUUGCCUCAUCGCCGUUAAAACCGCAUUGGGAGACGAGUUCGAGGGCCAAAUCAUCACCUUUGACAGACUUUCCAACAUUCUAGUCCUUCAAGAAGGCUCGAAAACGGGUCCUUGUCGAAAUAUUCGACUUUUGCAGGCCAACUAUAUAAAAGAAUUCACCAUACUGGGUCAAGCUGAGGAUCCUCUUGAUCCCAAGAAAUGUCACCUUGAUCUUGCUAGUCUUCAAGCUAGGGAGGAUGCUGCUAUAAGGCAAGCAGAGAUGGAGGCUGAGAGAAUUGGGGUUGGGGUUACAAGCGAGGCUCAGAGAAUCUUUGAUGCAUUGUCUAAGACGCUUCCAGUUCACUGGGACAAGACUGUCAUUGUGGUGAUGAAUGAAGUCCGUGUUUGUAGUCCAUAUCUUCCUGAAAAUGUAGCUGGUGGAACCCCUGCUGCCAAUGAGAGGGUGAAGAAAGUGGUAAUGCAUAUUGAUAAGUUUGAGAGGAAGAGGUUGCAAGCUCGUGGACCAAGCUAGUGAUAGAUUGUCAGUUCCAUCAUGUAGCUGCUGGGGGGGGGGGGAGACACCAUAUGCUAAUACCCAUUUAGUGCAAUCAUUGGUGCAUUGAGGUAUGUCCCAUGGUGGCUGGCUGUUUAGCUUGUAAACAGGUUCUGUUCGAGGACGGCAAAGACACCAGAAGAGUGACUUCUAUUCACACGCUAUUUAACUUUGUACUUUAUACAGGUCAAGUAAAUGUGAAAGUUAACAUUUGAAGUUGAAUUUUGAAGCCCUUUCUUAUUGGAGUUUGUUUUA